AUGAGGCGCGGCGUCGCGUCCGCGGUCGCGUCGCUCGUCGCGCGCGGCGCGGAGGCGCUCCCCUCAUGGUCCGCGCCCGGUGCCCGCGGCGUCGCGCUGGGCGUCCGAUCGGUCGACCCGGCGCUUCCGCGGUGCGCCCGCGUUCGUCCCGCGAGGUGUCUCGCGACGGACGCCGACGCGGGAUCGGGCGCUGACGCCGAGGGAUCCUCCAUGCGCUUCGGGUCCGGCCUCAGCAACAACGAGACCCUCUCCGUCGCCGUCGCCGAGGCCGUCGCGGAGGUCAAGGCGACGCUCGGGCACGACCGCGUCCCGUCCUGGGUGCAGCUCGCGGUGAGCGCGGACUACCCCGAUCCCACCCGCGCCGCAGCCUUCGUCGCCGAGUGCUUCACCCCCGCGGGGGGCGCCAAUCUCGCGUCCCCCCAACCCCCCCCGCCCGCCAUCUUCGGAGGCGUGGUCACGGGUUGCAUCGGGGGCAGGGGCCAGACGAUGGACGGACCGUCCGUCUCCAUCGUCGCCGCGGCGAUGGGGCCCGACGUGGAGGUCAUCCCGUUCACCGCCGACGACGCCUCGCUCCCGAAGCAGGUGACGCCGGCGCAGUGGGCGCGACUCAUGGCGUCCGGGGACUCAUCCUCCGCGUCGUCCCCCGCGUCCACGUCAUCUCCCGCUGUGUCCACGUCAUCUCCCGCGUCCACGUCAUCCCCCAUGGGUCACGAGUCCGUCGCAGUCCUCGCGCUGUGCCGCCCCGACUUCAUCGAGGUUGACGAUUUCACCCGCAGAGUGCACGGCGUGGCGCCCGGGAGCGUUUGCGUCGGCGGCGCCGUGCGACCCGGCGGGGCGCUCUUCGCCGACGGCGCCCAGUGCGACGAAUCGAUCGCCGUGAGCGGCGUCUUCGUCCGCGGGCGCUCCUUCCGAGUCACCGCGCACUCGCUGCACUCGUGCCGUCCGGUGGGCCGCGCCAUGACCCUCACCCGAGCGGUCGACGGGCACGUCCUCGACCUCGACGGGAGAAGCGCCGGUGACGUGUUAUCGCGAAUGCUCCAGGAGUUACCCGAUCACGUCAGCGGGCUCCCGGUCAUGCUGGGCGUCGGCGAGGGCGGCUUGUCAGAGGGCGUCGGUGAGGGCGGUAUGGGCGUCACAAACAAGGGCGUCAACAAGGGCGGGCCGAGGCCGAGCCGGGACGUCCGGGGCCGAGUGGUGGACGACGGCUCCGUCGCCGCGGGAAUCGCCGACGUCGCGAGGAUGGCGAAGAAAUCAUCAUUGGGUGAAAAGGCCUCAGAGAAGAGGGCCAAGGCUGGUAAGAUCGUCGAGGACGUGACGGGUAAGCCCGGCACUAACCGGGGACUGAAGGGGACGCACGAGAGGACGCACGCGGACGUCGAGGCUGACGCACAGCUGGCGGCGAGGGACGGGUACGCGAGCGGCGGCGCCGGGUACGUGUAUCGCGACAUCGUGAUGGCGGAUCGAGAGACGGGGGGAAUCUUCAUCGGUCGGCACUCGCUCGAAAACGGCGCGCCGGUGCGGUUGCACGUCCGGGACAACGAGUGGGGCAGGGCGCGAUCGAGGGAGCUCAUGCGUUUGGUGCACGAGGAGCGCGAGGCGCGGGGGGGCGGGUUGAGGGGCGCGGUUAUGUACACGUGCGUGAGCGGCGACAGGCUCCACGCGGCGAACUUUCGCGAUCGCGUCCCGGGCGUCGAGCUCGGGGGCGGGUACACCAGCGGGGAGCUCGGGCCGAGCGCGGUGGGACGACAGAGCCACAUGCACUCGCACACCUCCGUGCUGGGCCUCUUCUGGGACGCGUAGGGGCGUGGACUCGACGGCGGCGAAUGAAAUGAGUAAAAAUAAAUUUGAAAAACAAUCAUCCCGCGCGGGUAAGCGCGCCGCCU